GGAGUAGCUUAGCUGGCACAAAUGUAAAAAGGUGCAUAGCAGUUGACUGAAUUCAGUCGAGUCGUGAUGGCUAUGUAUAAAUUAACGUAACGUAAUGGGUCGAAUUUCCAAACUACUUGCAUCCAAACAUUGAAAGUUUCACUCGUGAAACUUCAUUUCAUCAAUCAUAAUCGCGAUUAAAUAAUUAAUCGAACUAUUUUUUAUACUAACUAGUUUUUUGUUGAGUAAUGCACUGUGAAAUUAGCAAUCUGUAAGUUUUUAAAGUAAAUUUCACUCUCCAUCAUGAAGAAAGAAAGGAUCGUCGAAAAAUGUCGCCCAUUCAAAUUAGCCCAUCAAAUCUUGAGUUUAACUGGCAUCAGUUUUCAGCGGAAAAGUAUAAUAGGCAUGGUAGAACUUACUAUUAUUCCUACAAAAAAUACUUUGAAGCUGAUUCACCUAAACGCCAAACAAUGCAGAGUAUACAAGGUGUCUUUGAAUGAUAAAUUUGAAGUACCAUUUCAAUAUUUCGAUCCAUUUUUGGAUGUUGCUCAAGGAGAUGAAAAACAACGCUCUUUAGAAUUCUUUUCAAAUUUACACUUAGCUGCAGCACUCAAGGUUGACCCCGAUAAUAAUGCUGGUGAAUUAAUAAUACCAAUUCCACCAGAAUUUGCUUAUUUAGUAGAAGAAGGUGUCCCUCUUCGUAUAGGGAUUGAAUUUUCCCUAGAACAACCUCAAGGAGGUAUACAUUUUGUUGUUCCAACUUGUCCUGGAACAUUAGCUGAAAAAGGAGCACAUAUGUACACAUGUAGUUAUGAAAAUUCUUCUAGAUUAUGGUUUCCUUGCAUUGAUAGUUAUGCAGAACCAUGCACAUGGAAAUUGGAAUAUACUGUUGAUGAUUUUAUGACAGCUGUAUCUUGUGGAGAUUUGGUUGAAGUAGUUUAUACUGCAGAUAUGAGAAAAAAAACAUUUCAUUAUGCACUAAAUGUGCCAACAUGCGCUCCAAAUAUUGCUCUUGCUGUAGGGCCAUUUGAAAUUUUUGUUGAUCCUAACAUGCAUGAAGUUACACAUUUCUGUUUACCUCAAUUAUUACCUCUAUUGAAGAAUUCAGUAAAAUACUUGCAUGAAGCUUUUGAAUUUUUUGAAGAAACGUUAUCAAAUAGAUACCCAUUCUCAUGUUAUAAACAAGUAUUUGUUGAUGAGGUUGAUGAAGAUAUUAAUGCAUAUGCUACUGUUAGUAUUUUAAGUGCCAAUCUUCUACAUCCACCACAAAUUAUUGAACAAGUUUUUAUAACAAAAAAAGCUAUGGCUCAAGCAAUCGCUGAACAGUUCUUUAGUUGUUUUAUAUCAAUGAAAAAUUGGUCUGAUUUGUGGCUUUCAAAAGGUAUUUCAACAUAUCUUACAGGGUUGUAUGCUAAAAAGUGUUUUGGAAACAAUGAAUACAGGGAAUGGAUUCAUUCGGAACUGCAAGAAGUGGUCAAAUAUGAAGAAAAAUUUGGUGGUAUCAUAUUAGAUUCUUCGCAACCACCUGCUCCACUACCUAUUAUCAACAAUACACCAAUAUCAGCUCCAGCUCCAGAUCCUGGAUUUUACUUUCCAAUAAAAAAUUUGCAUACAAUGUCCCCAAAGUAUAUUGAAGUUCUAAGGAAAAAAGCACAUUUAGUUAUUAGAAUGUUAGAACACAGAAUUGGUCAAGAAUUAUUGUUGCAAGUUUUCAAUAAACAACUUUCAUUGGCUACAAAUGCAUCACAACAAAAAAUAGAAUCUGGUUUAUGGCAUCACAUGCUUAUUAGUACCAAUGUGUUUACAAAAGCUAUUUUUACUGUAACAGGUAAAGAUAUGGCUGCAUUUAUUGACCAGUGGGUCAGAACAGGAGGUCAUGCAAAAUUCACAUUGAGUUUUGUAUUUAAUAGAAAGAGAAAUACAGUUGAACUUGAGAUUAGACAAGAUACUACAAAUCAAAAAGGAAUUAGAAAAUAUGUAGGCCCGCUAUUAGUGAGUAUUCAAGAACUUGACGGCACUUUUAAACAUCCUCUCCAAAUAGAAGCAAUAACUGCUAAGUCAGAUAUUACAUGCCAUAGUAAAAGCCGGAGAAAUAAGAAGAAAAAAAUCCCUCUAUGCACAGGAGAGGAAGUGGACAUGGAUUUAUCAGCUAUGGAUGACUCCCCGGUUUUAUGGAUUAGGCUGGAUCCAGAAAUGACUCUUCUAAGAUCUGUUCAAAUUGAACAACCAGAUUACCAAUGGCAGUAUCAGUUAAGACAUGAAAGAGAUGUAACUGCUCAGCUGGAAGCUAUAGUUGCUUUGCAAAAUCAUUCAACUGCUGCCACAAGACAUGCAUUAACUGACACAAUUGAAAAUGAACAUUGCUAUUAUAAAGUCAGACUAAAAUCAGCACUGUGUUUGACUAAAGUGGCUAAUGCAAUGGUUUCUAACUGGGCUGGACCACCGGCUAUGCUCACAAUAUUCAGAAAAUAUUUUGGCUCUGCAUCAUGUAGAAAAAUAAUUAAGCAAAAUAAUUUCAUUAAUUUUCAACAUUACUUUCUUCAAAAGACAAUACCUAUAGCAAUGGCUGGGUUAAGAAAUACUCAUGGAAUAUGCCCACCAGAAGUACUAUCAUUUCUCAUGGAUUUAUUUAAAUAUAAUGAUAAUAGCAAGAAUAAAUAUUCGGACAAUUAUUAUAGAGCUGCUUUGAUAGAAGCUCUUGGUGCUGCUGUAACUCCUGUCAUAACUAUUCAACAAGGAAGUGCUAUAACUGCAGAAUCUUUAUCUCCAGAUACUAAAUUAAUUCUAGAAGAAGUCACUAGACACUUGAAUCUCGAAAAGCUAUUACCUUGCUAUAAAUACACGGUUACAGUAGCUUGUUUAAAAGUUAUAAGGAUCAUGCAAAAAUUUGGACAUCUUCCUAGUACACCUUAUAUUUUUAGAGAGUAUGCAGCCUAUGGACAAUUUAUAGAUGUUAGAAUAACAGCUUUAACAGCUUUAGUGGAUUUUACAAAAGUAGAUGGAAAGUGGGAAGACUUGGAAUUUUUGUUAGAUAUGGCUGAGAAUGAUCCUCAUCCAGGUCUACGGCAUAAAUUAGUUAGAUUAUUAGUGGAGAAUCCUCCAUUUGAAAAAUAUCAUAAACACCGUUUGGAUAAACCUGAAUUAGUUCAUAAACUAUGGAAUCUCAUCAAUGGAGAACUUUCUCAUGACCCAAAAUUACGCUGCGACUUGGUAGAUUUGUACUAUACAUUGUAUGGUUCAAAAACUCCUAUGUGCCUCCCAAAUCCAGAAAUUGAUGAGUUACUAAAACCAAAAAAAGUAGCUAAAACAAAUUCUGAAAUCACUACCCCAUUGCCGCAGAUACCACUUAUCAAGCAAGAGCCUGUGAAUAAAACUGAUUUGAAUAUUUCUGUGACCAAGCGAAAAGUAUCUCCUGUUCCAGAAGUUCCUGUUACUUUGGCAUCUGAACCAGAAAUAAAACGCCAAAAACUUAAUGAUGAUAACGGUAAAAAUAAUAGUAAUGAAGGAAAAACCAAAUCAGAAUAUUAUAGUGACAAUUCAGCAUCACUUCCUGGAAUAAAGGGUUCAUCAGGUCCAAUUGGUUUUGAGCCUGGCAUGUUCAAAAAGGAGUCUGAUGAAGCUAAAAGUAAAGGAGAAACUAGUAAUAAGUUGAAAAAGAAGAAAAAAGAAAAGAAAAAGCAUAAGCAUAAACAUAAGCAUAAACACAAGAGUGAUAAAGAAAAAAAAGAUAAAGAUAAAAUAAAAGAUAAAAAUAAAACCAAAGAAAAAGAUUCAAACAGUAAAGACAAGGAUUUGACAUUAUCAAAAAUACAAGAAGACACUUUGAGUUCGGGUAUGUCUUCAAGUCCUAGUCCAGAUAUAACAACUGUUUCAAAUGAAUUCACUUUUCCUUGAAAAUGUACAAAUCAUAAUGUAUAUAUAAUAAUGUACUUGAGUUAUUAAUGUUUAUUGUGAAUAAGUACAAUGUUUGUAAGCUAACUUGACCUUUUGUAAAUUACUUUAUAUAAAAUUAUUUACAUUUAAGAAGAAAAUAUAAAUAUUAGACUAAAAAUAUUAAA